AAACAGAGGCUAGGCCCAUUUCCAUGGGUCCAUGUUGGGUAUGCGAGGUUGGAGACUUCAAACCAGAGCGUGAGUGCAUCUCUGUUCACGUUGGCCAGGCUGGAGUUCAGAUUGGCAAUGCAUGCUGGGAACUUUUCUGUCUGGAACACGGCGUUCAGCCAGAUGGCACCUUCAAGAAUCAGUCCAACAAGGUCAAUGAUGAUGAUUCCUUUGCCACAUUUUUCAGAGAGACAGGCACAGGAAAGCAUGUGCCACGGGCUAUUAUGGUAGACUUGGAGCAAACUGUAGUAGAUGAAGUGCGGACUGGCACUUACCGUCAGCUUUUCCAUCCAGAACAGCUGAUCACUGGAAAGGAAGAUGCAGCUAAUAACUAUGCCCGUGGUCACUAUACCAUUGGCAAAGACAGAAUUGACUUGGCAUUAGAUCGUAUCCGUAAACUGACCGAUGCCUGUUCUGGGCUACAGGGAUUCCUGAUUUUCCACAGCUUUGGUGGGGGCACUGGUUCUGGCUUUACCUCCUUGUUGAUGGAGCGCCUCUCCCUGGAUUACGGCAAGAAGUCCAAACUGGAGUUUGCCAUCUACCCAGCCCCUCAAGUCUCCACUGCCGUAGUGGAGCCGUACAACUCCAUCCUGACCACUCACACCACCCUGGAGCAUUCAGACUGCGCCUUCAUGGUGGACAAUGAGGCCAUCUAUGACAUCUGCCGUCGCAACUUGGACAUUGAACGCCCCACUUACACCAACCUUAAUCGUCUCAUCAGCCAGAUAGUCUCAUCAAUCACUGCCUCUCUGCGCUUUGAUGGUGCCCUCAAUGUGGAUCUGACAGAGUUUCAGACCAACCUGGUGCCCUACCCUCGCAUCCACUUCCCCUUGGUGACAUAUGCACCCAUCAUCUCCUCUGAGAAAGCCUACCAAGAGCAGCUGUCAGUGGCGGAAAUCACCAGUUCCUGCUUUGAACCCAACAACCAGAUGGUGAAGUGUGAUCCCCGUCAUGGAAAAUACAUGGCCUGCUGCAUGUUGUACCGUGGUGACGUGGUCCCCAAAGAUGUCAACGUAGCUAUUGCUGCCAUCAAGACCAAGAGAACGAUCCAGUUUGUGGACUGGUGUCCAACAGGCUUCAAGGUUGGAAUCAAUUACCAGCCUCCCACAAUAACACCCGGAGGAGACCUGGCCCAAGUGGAACGUGCCGUCUGCAUGCUAAGCAAUACCACAGCCAUCGCUGAGGCCUGGGCGAGACUGGACCACAAGUUUGAUCUGAUGUAUGCCAAGAGAGCAUUUGUGCACUGGUAUGUUGGUGAAGGCAUGGAGGAAGGGGAGUUUGCAGAGGCCCGAGAGGACUUGUCUGCACUGGAGAAGGACUACGAGGAAGUGGGAACGAACUCAUUUGGAGAAGAAAAUGACGGGGAGGAAUUUUAAAUACACUUUGCUCCUUGCUGCAUGCAGGAUUGUCUUUGUGUCUUUUUACUGCAUGUGUCUUCAUUCCUGUUUGUUUUAUACACACAACAAUUCCCAUAGACUGAAUAUUAUGAGGUCCAUGUUCCAAGAAUGCUCUUUCCUACCCCUCAAAUCAUGGGACGAUGAUCAU